AUGACAAAUACAUUUAUUAGUUUGCAGUCCAUGUUAGAGGAUCUACUUGUUGCUACUGCUGAUGGAUUUCUCCAUCUCGUUCACUGGGAUGGUAUGACCAACGGAAGGAAGGCCAUCAACCUAUGUACAGUUCCAUUUUCUGUGGACCUGCAGUCUUCUCGAGCAGGUUCAUUUUUGGGCUUUGAAGAUGUUUACGUCAGAGAUAUGGAGUACUGUGCCACGCUAGAUGGUUUUGCUGUUGUUUUUAACGAUGGCAGAGUUGGUUUCAUUACACCAAUGUCAAGCAGAUUCACUGCUGAGCAGCUCCAUGGUAUUUGGGCACAAGAUGUGAUUGAUGGAACUUGUGUGGCAGUAAAUAACAAGUACAGGCUAAUGGCAUUUGGAUGUGCCAAUGGCUCUGUGCAGGUUUAUACAAUUGAUACCACCACUGGCGCCAUGCAGUUUUCUCAUAAAUUGGAGCUGACACCAAAACAAUAUCCUGAUAUUUGGAAUAAAACAGGACCUGUUAAACUAAUCAGGUGGUCACCUGAUAGUUGUGUUGUGAUGGUGACCUGGGAAUGUGGAGGCUUGUCCUUAUGGAGUGUUUUUGGUGCUCAGCUUAUCUGUACUUUAGGAGGUGAUUUUGCGUAUCAGUCUGAUGGUGCCAAAAAGGACCCUCUAAAGAUCAGUUCUAUGACCUGGGGGUCAGAAGGAUAUCAUCUGUGGGUUAUUGAUGGGAAUUCCUCUUCAAACAUGAAGCCUGAAAGAGAUGCAAAUAAUGAAGCUCACCAAUUUGGUAUUCUGCAGUUUCAUUUCAUCAAGAGUGCACUCACUGUUAAUCCUUGUAUGAGUAACCAGGAACAAGUCCUCCUUCAAGGAGAAGAUCGCUUGUAUUUGAACUGUGGAGAUGCAACACAGGCUCAGAGUCCCAGAAAUACUUCAGCACACUCUGAACAUAAGCCUGCCAGGGAAACAGAUGGCAGUUUAGAUUCUCAGGGUUUAAGCACUUUACUAGGACACAGACAUUGGCAUGUUGUACAGAUUCAUAGUACGUAUCUAGAGAGCAACUGGCCUAUAAGGUUUUCAGCUAUUGACAAGCUUGGACAGAAUGUAGCUGUUGUUGGCAAGUUUGGUUUUGCACAUUAUUCUUUACUCACCAAAAAAUGGAAGCUGUUUGGAAAUAUUACCCAGGAGCAAAAUAUGAUGGUAACAGGUGGCUUAGCAUGGUGGAAUGACUUCAUUGUUCUUGCAUGUUAUAAUUUAAAUGAUCAUCAGGAAGAGCUGAGAAUCUACCUGCGAACGUCUAAUCUUGACAAUGCAUUUGCACACAUCACCAAAGUGCAAGCAGACACAUUACUACUGAGUGUCUUCCGGGACAUUGUAAUAUUGUUCAGAGCAGAUUGUUCCAUUUGCCUUUACAGUAUUGAGAGAAGGCCUGAAGGUCUUAACCCUACUGCCUGUAUCCAAGUUCUUCAAGAAGUGUCCAUGUCUCGGUACAUUCCUCAUCCUUUUCUUGUAGUGUCUGUUACGUUGACAUCGGUGAGGACAGAGACUGGCAUCACCUUGAAGAUGCCUCAGCAGGCUUGUGAGGCUGAAAGUAUUAUGCUAAACUUAGCAGGACAACUUAUCAUGUUGCAAAGGGAUCGAUCUGGACCCCAGAUACGAGAUAAGGAUAAUAAUCCUAAUCAAAGGAAGCAUCUGCCUUUUUGUGCUCCAGUUGUCUUAGCUCAGUCUGUUGAAAACGUAUGGACUACUUGCAGGAUCAACAAACAGAAACGCCACUUAUUGGAGGCUCUGUGGCUCAGCUGUGGUGGGGCAGGUAUGAAAGUCUGGCUUCCCCUGUUUCCCAGAGAUCAUCGAAAACCGCAUUCCUUUCUGUCAAGACGGAUCAUGUUGCCUUUCCACAUCAACAUAUACCCAUUGGCUGUUUUGUUUGAAGAUGCCUUGGUUCUUGGUGCUGUUAAUGACACUGUGCUCUAUGACUGUUUAUACACUCAAACCAGUGCUAGAGAACACUUAGAGGUUCACUUUCCUUUCUCCAUUGUUGAGAGAACCUCUCAGAUCUACCUCCAUCACAUUUUACGCCAGCUCUUGGUUAGGAACCUCGGUGAACAAGCCUUGCUUUUGGCCCAUUCCUGUGCCACGUUACCAUACUUUCCUCACGUACUAGAACUGAUGCUUCAUGAAGUGCUGGAAGAAGAAGCUACCUCGCGGGAACCCAUUCCCGACCCCCUGCUUCCCACUGUGGCGAAGUUCAUUACAGAGUUCCCCCUCUUCCUGCAGACAGUUGUUCAUUGUGCUAGGAAGACAGAAUAUGCCCUGUGGAAUUAUCUUUUUGCUGCUGUUGGAAACCCGAAGGAUUUAUUUGAAGAGUGCUUAAUGGCCCAGGACUUGGACACAGCUGCCUCUUAUCUUAUUAUCCUACAGAAUAUGGAAGUUCCAGCAGUUAGCAGACAACAUGCUACUCUCUUAUUUAAUACUGCCUUAGAGCAGGGAAAGUGGGAUCUUUGUCGUCAUAUGAUCAGAUUUCUUAAAGCCAUUGGCUCUGGAGAAACAGAGACUCCUCCAUCUACACCAACAACUCAGGAACCUAGUUCAAGUAGUGGCUUUGAGUUCUUCAGACAUCGCAGCAUUAGUUUAUCUCAAUCAGCAGAGAAUCUCCAUAGCAAAUUUAACUUGACAAAAACACUGAGUAUGCCCUCUGGCCCAUCUGGAAAAAGGUGGAGUAAAGACAGCGACUGUGCCGAGAACAUGUACAUUGACAUGAUGCUCUGGCGGCAUGCUCGGCGCCUGCUAGAAGAAGUCAAGCUGAAAGACCUUGGCUGCUUUGCUGCACAGUUAGGCUUUGAGCUGAUUGGCUGGCUGUGCAAGGAGCGAGCCAGAGCUGCCCGCGUGGAUGAUUUUGUGUUCGCUCUGAUAAAGCUACAUGAGGAUUUCCUUUGGCCAUUUCCAGUCAUACCGGCUUCGUCCAUUAAUUCACCUUUCAAGAAUGGAAAGUACAAGACAGCCAUGGGGGAGCAGCUGCUAAAAUCUCAGUCUGCAGACACCUUCGUGAACAUGGAAAUGGACACAGGGGUUUCAAACACACCUCGGAGUCGCAGCUGGCUUGGCACUAUCAGCUCCUCUCAGAGAGAGAUUGACACCAUUUCAUCCCAUGGACCACACAUGCAAGAUGCAUUCCUUUCUCCUUUGCUAAGUAAAGGUGACGAAUGCAGCAUUGGUUCAGCAACGGACCUGACUGAAACAAGUUCUAUGGUGGAUGGUGACUGGACCAUGGUGGAUGAAAACUUCUCCAGUCUAAGUUUAACUCAGUCAGAGCUUGAACACCUUUCUCUAGAACUGGCUAGUAAAGGGCCGCACAAGUCACAGGUCCAGCUGCGGUACUUGCUACAUAUCUUCAUGGAAGCAGGAUGUCUGGAUUGGUGUAUUAUCAUAGGCCUUAUUCUCAGAGAAUCUUCAGUAAUCAACCAGGUUUUCAGUAUAAUGCAAUCCUCUGAUAUUGAUGGAGAAAUCUGUCAGAAUAUUAAGACUGGCCUAUAUGCUGUUGACAAAUGGGCUUCUACAGAUUGCCCUGGGUACAAGCCAUUUCUAAAUAUCAUCAAACCACAGAUCCAGAAACUAAGUGAAAUAGCAGAAGAGCAAGUACAGCCUGAAGCUUUUCAGCCAGUGAAUCCUUCUAAGGUUACUGAACAAGUGAACCCCAGAGCUGAGGAAAGCAGGACUUCAUCCAGCCAUGGCACUAAUCCUCAGAGUGACGCUGGCAACAGCAAUGCAGGCAGGAAUGAAGAGGACAAGUCUAAGAUGGAGGAUGAGGAUUCAUUCCAAGAAGGCAGUUAUGACUGUAUUGUGUCUUAA